AUGAUUAAGAACGCCUUCCAACGUCGUACGUCGAAGAGGGCUGCGACAGCAUCGAGGUACACCACCCCGGAAGCUCUUGCUUUGCAUGAGGCCGUUACUCCCGACCGUUGGUGUGUCACGCGGUCAGAUCUGAUAUAUUUACGGCACGAGGUUUGGCGUGCCAUCCAGCGCGGGGAGAUACGCCCUCUUGAUAACACUGACCGUUUUGUGCCUUCAGACGAUCUAUACGGGCCGAACAUCUACACGGUGAACAAGCAAUACAUCAUGCCGGUGACGGAUGAAGCCGGCAAGGUAAGUUGGGCACUCAUGCGCCAUCCGGAAGGUUUGGAUUGCGAUGUCUUCAUCAGCCAUGCCUGGCAGGAGGGCGUGUUCGAGUUUCUGUCCAAGGUCUUGCAUUCCUGGCCCGCAGGUUCACGACACGUCUGGUGCUGCAUGCUGGCCAACCCGCAGAACUUGGACAUUUCAUCGUUUUUGCAAUCUCCGAGCAGGUCGCCCUUCGCACAAGCACUCAAGGCCUCUUCAUGCGUCCUGGUGGUGCCCAACCGCCACUGUAGCAUCUACACCAGGCUUUGGUGCGGAUACGAAGCCUAUAUCGCGCAUGAGGAGGGCAAGGUGAUCUUCAUUGCCCGACCUUCUUACAGCAACCAUAUCGGUGCCGCUCUUAUCUCAGCCGCACUAGUAGGACUGACUGGCAUGCUCUGCGGCGCGUUUCUUCUUCUCCGGCGAUGCGAGCUCCACCCCAUCCCUCUGUAUGCCAUAACAACCUCUGCAUUCAUCAGCAUAAAUAUCAACCACUACAGAAGCCGCAUGCUGCUAAACCGGCUGGGUGCUUUCACUUGUGGCAUUGUGCUCCUGGAAUGGACGACGGUCAACUUCGACGGUGCGCAGGGUCCGUCUCGCAUUGCGGGUAUCAUCCUCUGUGUCGAGCAGCGCUUGCUGAUUCUUGCCGCGUUGUCUUUCUUCUUGCUGCUGGAGGCCGACCGGGUCAAUGCUGAAGCUCGAGCAUGGGAGGCGGAACAACUUCGCCGUGGGUAUCAAGGCAGCAUCGCACAUGCAACGUGCUCGGAUGCAGCUGACAGCGCUCGGAUCUUGGGGAGAUUGGCGACAGGAUGGAGGCAGUGGAUUAUGCAAUCCACGUCUUGCUAA